AUGGGGCAGAACAAUACGCAUAAUAACUUGUCGCAUGUUAAUCCUGACAUCCAGCAAAAGAAUUCAAGGAAGAUGCGAAUUCCAUCAUCGGAACAAGCUUUGCAUCAUGGGCGUCCACCAGAUCAAAAGUCGAAUUUUGGCUUAUCUGAUCUCUUUCGAGUCGCGUCCACCAAACGUCGAAAAUCGAAAAUACCUACUCCCCGUCCCGGAUUUAGGGUGUCGGAUGUACGAGUACUGUACAGGGCAAUUGUUUUGAAGUAUGGUUCUGGAUACUUGAUUCGCUGGCUGGCUGUGGACAGAACCGUGCGGUGGACGUUUUCUGCAGGGCCGGUGCUGAGCGUCGUCACCCUCCAGCAUAAAUUCGGUUAGAGGCACCCCCACUGGCGACGACGCCUGCAAGAUUGCAUUGCAUGGAGAUUGGCUUGCGUGCGCAGCCACUUCAGACGAGGGGAUUGCCAGAUGACUUUGCUUUAUCAUUCCAGGCCUCCCCGAACUUGUCCCUUUAUUCCGGUUCGUUUGUCGCGGAUUUUUAGGUAUCAAUCAUAUAACAUUUGGUUUGGUCGGGUCGCAAAUUCGCUUUAUCAUUCAUUUUGUGUAUUUUUUCAGGCCUUCGUUUUAUUGAUAAGCGAGUCCAUCUGGCUCUCAGGCAUGCGCAGCCUCCUCAAUGCUCUGGUGCUCCUGCCAGUAGCUGUGUAUGCUGCACCAUUUGUGCCCGAUGACCAAGUUGACCAAGAAUGGGAUCGAAGAGGUAUCAAGUCCUUGCCUGAAGCUCAAGCCUUCGCCCACGUCCAAAUCGAUGUUCCAAAUAAAUCACCUGAUGUUGUACCUACCACGCUGGACUUCCAGCUCGAAGUCCUUGAUACAGAGACUCCAUGUGGUUUUGGAAAUGUGACUGUCGAUGGAACGGUUCUACCCCAGACCGUCGAUGGUGAUAUAUCGCGUGGAAAAGGUUCCGUCUCGACAAUCACCAAGGGUGUCGUUGUUGCAUCCUGGGAGUUCCACUGCAUUCGUGUCAAUGGUGUACCGGAUGCACAACUGUUGAAGUUCACAAUCAACUAUAUUGAUGGGAUGGCUAUGGAGGAUUCUGGAUUUUCGAUGCUGUUCAGACAGUCUGGCACACCAGAGAUCGUGAACAUCGAGACCGACCCCACGGUUCCUGACGAGAUUGCAGCCAAUCCCAAUCCCGAGAGUCUUCUUCCAGACCAUGGCAACACUCACAAGCAUCUUGGAGGAAUCGAGGAGGAUCUCGCCGAGUUGCAUUACCUGUGGAGUCAGCUGCGAGAGCUUACAUAUCUGAUUCACCAAAAGGAGCGGUCGAUCGCUCAUCACGCAAAUCAGCACUACGAGACCGAUAUCAAGGACUGUGAUAGUCUGAAAUGUGUCGUGAACGCUAUGGCUCGUAAGACCAAACAUGCUGCUCUCGGUAUUUAUAAUAAGAUUACUGGUAACGAGGACGAGCCGAGACAUGGUCAACACCAUGCGGAUGAAUCUUCCGAAAGCUUCCGUGAACAAGAAGGCAGCAAUCACACUCAUCAUCGAAACCAUACCCACCACCUUCCACCAUGGAAGCGACCACACUCCCGCCCAUUGCCUAUUUGCAGAUAUCCUCCUCCACCUUCUUAUGGAAGUCAUCAACCAGGCCAUCAUAGUCCUCCUCCUCCCCCUCCACCCCCUCAGUUUGACCAUCUACCAUCACCCCCUCCUCCACAUCACAGCAGGCCCCCAGGACACGAUCGUGAUCACGAAGGCCCCCCUCCCCCCUCAGCUUUCUACGGACUUGGUCCUCCACCUCCAGGUCCACCGCCACACCACCUCGGACCAAGCCACAACGCCGGCCACACCUUUCAAGUCAUAAAAUUCACCUCCAUUGGCUUCCUAUUCGCUUUUGUACUUGCUGCCCUCCACCGCCGAGUCUGCGCACCCGCUCGACGAGCUGAUCGGCACGAGCGACGCCGUCGUAGACGUGCCCUACGAAGGGCAGCACACAAACAUAUCAUUACCAGAUUACUAGUUAGAAUGGCAGGUAACGACUCUGAUGAUGAGGACGAUGACGAGAAGAGGGCGGCUCUACUUGAGGAUGCGGAAGAUGGCAUGUCGACUACUAUGAGUGAGGAUAUCGAACAGUUGAGGAAUGCGGCGGAUGUGGUGGGAGACAUGGUAGAGCAUGUUGCUGUUAAUGAAAAGGUCACAGCACAAGUACGUCCACAAACACUCUCAGUAUCUGCUGCUACACCUACUCUUGUCUCAGAGCCGGUAUCUAUCCCCGUCUCGGAUCCCAUACCCUUGAUGCAGGACUUCGAGGAGGAGCUGCCAGCUUACGAGGAUCAUGAUGGGUCAGAGAUGGACAGUGUCAUUUCGGAUGGAUAUAGACCUGGUAUGCUGUACACACCGAGCCAGAGCUCAGAGGGCAGUCUGAGUGAUGUUCUUGGGGCAGAUAUCAAGUCGUAGUAUUGAUCUGAAAUACCCCAGCCUUGGAGCCUUUGCAUGGUAUGGCAGAGCGGCCGACAAGAUAGCUUGUGGCAUAUUUUCUUUUGUUCCUGGCGAUUGGAUGGCGUUAUAGAUUUGGGUCUUUUGAUUCGAGUGCGAAUGAGGGGAUAUGCAUGAUAUCAAAGAUAACCUGAAAUUGACCGUGCUUUGCGAUUCUCGUUCCUCAUGUGCUUCAGUGUGUUGGCGUCAAAGUAAUCCUCUCAACGAGGAGCCUGAAGUAUACUUGAUUAUUUAUCCAUCAUCUGGACGUGUAGAUAUACCACUAGCUCUCUUAUCCAAUCGUACUGCGCCCAAGAACAA